AUGUCUCUCCUCGACGCCCACCUCGAGCAAAUCGGCCUCUGUGCCGCCUCGAUCGCUGAGCUGCCCUUUCCCCCACCAAAGAUAUUCACCAAUGCCCUGCUGCAUCCUCACGACAUCACGGCUCUGAUCCGCGACACCGAGUCGCACGAGCGUGCCCUCUUCUCUGUCCCUCCUCCGCAGCCCCAGCCCAAACCCCAGGAUCCGCUCACCAGCUCCAACCGGCGCAACACCGUCUUCAACCCCAAUGGCAGUAGCAACGCUGUAGGUGGCGGCGGCGCGAAUGCCAUGCGCGCACCCAGACGAAACACGGCAGUCGCUGCUGUGCUCGGCACCGAGCUUGUCGAGCGCAUCAGGCAGGGUGGAGGUGGAGGCGCCGGCAGCGGCUUGGGCUAUCGUUCCUAUGGCGGCAGGGACAAGGGUGAAAUCGACGUCGAGACUCUUCUCGAGGGCGCAGAAAAGCUAUGUGGCGUAUAUCCUAUCCCCGGAGUCGCUGAGCGCAUCGCUUCGCUGCGCCAAAGACACGUUCAACUUGCCUCAUCCGUCGAGCACUACGAGCUCCGCGUGGCCGAGCAAACGGCUCAGCUAAGUCGUAUGAACAGGCCGCGUGACUUUGCUGACGAUGAUGAGCCUGAAGUUGCACCUGAGCCGCAGGUAGAGGAAGAUUUGCUCACGGUCGAGGAUUUGCGGAGAGAAGAGGAAGAGAUCAGAGACCUCGAGCGGAAGAAGCGUGGUUUGGAAGACCGUGUCAACUCAAUGGGUAGAGACAUCUCGGGCGUAUUAAGAUGA